AUGCUUAACAUCUCCCCCUUCUCCUUCGGGCUGGUGAUCCAGCAGGUCUUCGACAACGGCAGCAUUUACAAUCCUGAGGUGCUGGACAUCACCGAGGAGACCUUGCACAAGCGCUUCCUGGAGGGUGUUCGUAACGUUGCCAGCGUCUGUCUGCAGAUCGGGUACCCGACCAUCGCCUCUGUGCCCCACUCCAUCAUCAACGGGUACAAGCGGGUGCUGGCCGUGGCGGUGGAGACCGACUACACCUUCCCGCUGGCUGAGAAGAUUUCUGAUACACUGAAGCGGUUUGCGGUAAAAGUAACCACCGCCAGCGUGAAGGAGCGGAGAGAGAUCCUCAGUGAGCUGGGAAAAUGCAUUGCUGGGAAAGAUCUUCCAGAGGGUGCAGUGAAAGGCCUUUGCAAACUCUUCUGCCUUACUCUGCAUCGAUACCGCGAUGCAGCAUCCCGCAGAGCCCUGCAGCUGGCGCUUCAGCAGCUCGCAGAAUCCCAGCCGGAUGCAACAGCAAAAAACCUUCUGCAGUCACUUCAGUCUUCAGGGAUCGGCGGCAAGGCUGGAGUUCCCAGUAAGAGCAGUGGAUCUGCAGCUCUGCUGGCGCUCUCCUGGACGUGCCUGCUGGUACGCACAGUCUUCCCGACACCUGACAAGAGACAGGGAGAAACAUGGAAAAAACUGGUGGAGGUUCAGUGCUUGCUCCUUUUGGAAGUCCUGGGAGGUUCUCAUAAGCAGGCGGUGGAUGGGGCCGUGAAGAAACUGAACAGGCUGUGGAAGGAGAACCAAGAUCUGGUGGAUCAGUACCUAUCCGUCAUUCUUGCUCUUGAACCAAACCAGAGGUACGCUGCAAUGCUGGGACUCGUGGUGCAGUUUUGCACAGCCCAGAAAGAGAUUGAUAUCGUUAAACGAUACAAGAGUGCUCUUCUGGAUUUCUACUUGAAGACCAUCCUUAUGAGCAAGACAAAGCCUCAGAAGCACGUGCUGGACAGCUGCUCCCCGCUUCUUCGGUACAUGUCUCACGCUGAAUUCAAGGACUUAGUUUUGCCAACUCUGCAGAAAUCCCUCCUACGGAGUCCUGAGAACGUAAUUGAAACAAUCUCUUGCUUGCUCGUAGCUGUGAACCUGGAUCUCAGCCAGUAUGCUCUAGACAUUGUGAAAGGACUGGCCAGUCAUCUGAAAUCCAACAGUGUGCAGCUCAUGGAUGAAGCAGUUGUGGCAUUAAAGAACUUGGCUCGACAGUGUAGCGAUCCUUCGGCUGUGGAGUCGCUGGGCAGACACCUUUUUGCCAUCUUGGGGGGCUCGGAAGGGAAGCUGACAGUUGUUGCUCAGAAGAUGAGUGUCCUUUCAGGGAUUGGCAGCCUUAGCCACCACGCGGUUUCUGGAUCCUCUAGCCAAGCUCUGACUGGCACCGUGGCUGAGCUUUUCAUCCCUUUCCUGCAACAAGAAGUCCAUGAAGGCACGUUGGUUCAUGCAGUCUCUGUCCUGGCUCUUUGGUGCGUUCGGUUCACCACAGAAGUUCCUAAGAAGCUGGUGGAAUGGCUAAAGAAAGCCUUCAGCCUUAAAACCUCUACUUCAGCUGUGAGACAUGCCUACCUGCAGUGCGUGCUAGCCUCUUUCAAAGGUGACACGUUAUUGCAGGGAAUGGACUUGCUGCCAAUGCUGAUCCAGACAGUGGAAAAAGCGGCAUCUCAAAGCACUCAGGUUCCCGUGGUAACUGAAGGAGUUGCUGCAGCUUUGUUGAUCUGCAGGAUGUCUGUAAUUGAGGGACAAACUGAGUCUAAGCUGAGUGGUUUCUGGCAGCUGAUUCUGGAUGAGAAAAAACAAAUUUUUACAUCUGAGAAGUUCUUGCAGUCUGCUCCAGAGGAAGCAAUGUGUACAGUGCUGCAGCUGACAGAGCGCCUUCUCUUGGAUCAUGCACAGCGACUGCCUGAAAGUAAAGUUCAGCAGUAUCACCGUGCCCUUGUUGCAGUACUGCUGAGUCGGACCUGGCAUGUUCGAAGACAGGCCCAUCAAACAGUUAAGAAGCUCUUGUCCUCUCUGGGAGGGUACAAACUGGCCUAUGGGCUCUUGGAGGAGCUGAAAGUGGUUCUCAGUUCUCAUAAGGUUCUGCCUCAUGAGGUCCUGGUGAUGGAGUCGGGAGAGCUGUCAGAGCUAGGAAAGACAUACAUUCCUCCCCGCGUCCUCCAUGAGGCACUCUGCGUCAUCUCAAGUGUGGCAGGGCUGGAUUCCUUUGAGCCAGAAAAGCUGGCACUGGAGAUGCUGCUGGUGAGCCAUCAUCCAUCUGUAGUGGCAGUGCAGCCGGGUCUUUGGCCAGCCCUCCUCGUCAAGAUGAAGAUAGAUCCCAAAGAUUUCAUUACCAAACACCUGAAUGACAUAUUACCCAGGAUCACGGCCUACACUCCCGAGAACCAGUCAUCUAUGAAUGCAGUGGGAUCUCUCUCUCUGCUUUCACCUGGCAGAGUGCUCCCGCAGCUCAUCAGCACUAUCUCAGCAUCAAUAGAGAAUCCAGCUCUGUGCCAGGUUACUCGAGAGGAAUUUGCCAUCAUGAAGACACCAGAGGGAGAACUGUAUGACAAAUCUAUAAUACAGAGUGCUCAACAGGAUAGUAUGAAAAAGGCUAACAUGAAGAGGGAGAACAAAGCUUAUUCCUUCAAGGAGCAAAUCAUUGAGCUGGAGCUGAAGGAGGAAAUAAAGAAGAAGAAAGGAAUAAAGGAUGAGGUGCAACUAACUAGCAAGCAGAAGGAGCUGAUGCAUGCCCAGCUGGAAAGGGAGUCUCAGAUAAGAAAACGGCUGAAGGAGCUCGAUAAUGAGCUGGAAACAGCCCUAGGACUCCUGGACGCUGUUAUAAAGAGAAAGCCUCCUGGUCUCACUCAGUACAUCCCUGGUCUCAUCGGUUCCUUCUUGCCACUUCUUCGAUCGCCUUUGGCUGCCCCAAGGAUUAAGGAACCUUUUCUUUCCUUAGCUUCCUGUGUCAUGCCUGCUCGACUGAAAACCUUUGGUACUUUAGUGAGCCAUGUGACCUUGCGCCUGAUGAAACCUGAAUGUGAAUUAGAUGAAUCCUGGUGUCAGGAAGAGCUGCCUACUGCUCUGAACAGAGUUGUUAGCUUGCUGCAUGCCCACACCAUUCCCAGCCGGACAGGCAAGGGAGAGCCAGGUGCUGCACCAUUAUCAGCUCCAGCGUUUUCCUUAGUCUUUCCUCUCCUAAAGACUGUUAUGACUGAGACGCCUCAUGACAGUGAAGACAAGGAGGAGUUUCUGGUCAAGAUUCUGCAGAUCCUUACGGUCCAUGCUCAGCUGAGAUCGUCAGCAAACGGCCAGGCUUUGCUGGUGGACGAGAAUGGCCCAGAGCUGCUGCCCCGGAGGGACAUGCUGGUUCUGCUCACCCGGGUGAUAGGAACGGGUUCGCCACGGUUACAGGUUUUGGCUUCCAACGCGCUGACAGCCCUGUGCACAAGCAGCAGCGGGGAGGACGGCUGUGCCUAUGCAGAACAGGAGGAGAUUGAUGUGUUACUUCAGGCCCUGCAGUCUCCAUGCAUGAAUGUUCGAGACGCAGCUCUCAGGGGGCUGAUGGAGCUACAAAUGGUUCUACCAACCCCAGACAGCGAUGAAAAGAAUGGACUGAAUCUGUUGCGUCGCCUUUGGGUGGUGAAGUUUGAUGUGGAAGAUGAGAUUCAGAAGUUGGCAGAGAGGCUGUGGGAGUCCAUGGGUCUGGAGCUGCAGCCUGACCUCUGUUCUCUGCUGAUCAAAGAUGUCAUCUACCACGAAGAGGCAGUGCGACAAGCGGGUGCUGAAGCUCUUUCCAGAGCUGUAGCUCAGUAUCGAAACCAAGCAGCAGAAGUCAUGAAUAAACUUACAGAGAUUUACCAGGAGAAGCUCUAUAGGCCACCUCCAGUUUUGGAUGCUUUGGGACGAGUGAUAUCUGAAUCACCGCCUGACCAGUGGGAAGCAAGGUGUGGCAUAGCUUUGGCCCUCAACAAGCUCUCACAGCAUCUGGACAGUUCUCAGGUGAAGCCCCUCUUUCAGUUUUUUGUACCAGAUGCCCUGAACGAUCGCAGUCCUGAAGUCAGGAAGUGCAUGUUAGAUGCCGCUCUUUCAACGCUCAACACUCAUGGCAAAGACAAUGUUAACUCUCUCUUGCCAGUAUUUGAAGAAUUCCUGAAAAAUGCUCCUAAUGACGCCAGUUAUGAUGCUGUCAGGCAGAGCGUGGUCAUUCUGAUGGGUUCACUGGCAAAGCAUCUGGACAAGAGUGACCCUAAAGUGAAACCAAUUGUUGGCAAACUGAUAGCAGCCUUGUCCACACCGUCUCAGCAGGUUCAGGAGUCAGUGGCAAGCUGUUUACCACCUCUGGUGCCUGCAAUUAAGGAGGAUGCAGGAGGAAUGAUACAGAAGCUAAUGCAGCUGCUUUUAGAGUCUGAUAAGUAUGCUGAGCGCAAAGGUGCAGCUUACGGGCUGGCGGGCCUGGUGAAAGGCCUUGGCAUCCUCUCCCUCAAGCAGCAGGAGAUGAUGACCACGCUGACCGACGCUAUCCAGGACAAGAAGAACUUCCGUCGGCGUGAGGGGGCUCUGUUUGCCUUUGAGAUGCUCUGCAGCAUGCUUGGAAAGCUCUUUGAGCCCUAUGUGGUUCAUGUGCUACCUCACUUGCUGCUCUGUUUUGGAGAUGGGAACCAGUACGUGCGAGAGGCUGCAGAUGACUGUGCCAAAGCCGUGAUGAGCAACUUGAGUACUCAUGGAGUGAAGCUGGUCUUGCCAUCGCUUCUUGCAGCACUAGAAGAGGAGUCUUGGAGAACCAAAGCUGGAUCGGUGGAACUGCUGGGGGCUAUGGCGUACUGUGCUCCCAAACAGCUCUCUUCCUGCUUACCCAACAUUGUGCCAAAACUUACCGAGGUGCUCACAGAUUCGCACGUGAAGGUGCAGAAUGCGGGUCAGCAAGCUCUCAGGCAGAUCGGGUCUGUCAUCAGGAAUCCAGAGAUCCUGGCGAUUGCUCCGGUUCUGCUGGAUGCUCUCACCGACCCCUCCAGGAAGACCCAGAAGUGUCUGCAGACCCUACUGGAUACCAAAUUUGUCCAUUUCAUUGAUGCUCCAUCCUUAGCACUGAUCAUGCCAAUUGUCCAGAGAGCUUUUCAGGAUCGUUCCACAGACACCAGGAAAAUGGCUGCCCAGAUCAUUGGGAACAUGUACUCCCUGACGGAUCAGAAGGAUCUGGCUCCUUACCUGCCCAGCGUGACUCCUGGACUGAAGGCAUCCCUGUUGGAUCCUGUACCUGAAGUGCGUACGGUGUCUGCAAAGGCACUGGGAGCCAUGGUGAAGGGUAUGGGAGAAUCAUGCUUUGAGGAUUUGUUGCCAUGGCUGAUGGAGACGCUGACAUACGAGCAGAGCUCAGUGGAUCGAUCUGGUGCCGCUCAAGGUCUGGCUGAAGUUAUGGCUGGUUUGGGGGUAGAAAAGCUGGAGAAACUUAUGCCAGAGAUUGUAGCUACUGCCAGUAAAGUGGAUAUUGCUCCACACGUACGCGAUGGUUAUAUCAUGAUGUUCAACUACCUGCCAAUUACCUUUGGAGACAAGUUCACUCCCUAUGUUGGUCCCAUCAUUCCUUGUAUCCUUAAGGCACUGGCAGACGAGAAUGAGUUUGUGCGGGACACUGCCCUGCGCGCUGGCCAGAGAAUCAUAAGUAUGUACGCCGAGACUGCCAUCGCGCUUCUCCUGCCACAGCUUGAGGACGGCCUGUUUGAUGACUUGUGGAGGAUAAGGUUUAGCUCAGUUCAGCUCCUUGGAGAUCUUCUAUUCCAUAUCUCAGGAGUCACUGGAAAAAUGACGACAGAAACUGCCUCAGAGGAUGACAACUUUGGAACAGCCCAGUCAAACAAGGCUAUUAUUAAUGCUCUCGGUGUGGAGAGGAGGAACAGGGUGCUGGCAGGGCUGUACAUGGGCCGCUCUGACACCCAGCUGGUGGUGCGCCAAGCCUCCCUGCACGUCUGGAAGAUUGUAGUCUCAAACACUCCUCGGACGCUGCGUGAAAUUUUGCCAACCCUCUUUGGGCUUCUGCUGAAAUUCUUGGCCAGUACUUGUGCGGAUAAGCGAACGGUUGCAGCACGGACAUUAGGAGACCUUGUCCGAAAAUUAGGAGAGAAGAUCCUUCCUGAAAUCAUUCCUAUUCUGGAAGAUGGCCUGAGGUCAGACAAGAGCGAUGAGAGGCAAGGAGUCUGCAUUGGGUUGAGUGAGAUAAUGAAAUCCACCAGCAGGGAUGCGGUCCUGCUUUUCUCCGAGUCCCUAGUUCCUACAGUGAGAAAAGCGCUGUGUGACCCUCUGGAAGAAGUCCGAGAGGCUGCAGCGAAAACAUUUGAACAGUUGCACUCAACAAUUGGACAUCAAGCCCUUGAAGAUAUCCUGCCGUUUUUGCUGAAGCAGCUGGAUAAUGAGGAAACAUCUGACUUUGCUGUGGAUGGUCUUAAACAAGUUAUGGCUGUCAAGAGCCGGGUGGUGCUGCCUUAUUUGGUGCCAAAGCUGACUGCUCCCCCUGUGAACACCCGCGUGCUAGCUUUCCUCUCAUCAGUGGCGGGGGACGCUCUGACACGGCACUUGAGUGUCAUCCUGCCUGCUAUGAUGUCUGCGCUGAAGGAGAAGCUGGGGACCAGCGAAGAGCAAUUGGAGAUGGCAAACUGCCAGUCUGUAAUCCUGUCUGUGGAAGAUGACGCUGGACAAAGAAUCAUAACUGAAGAUUUACUAGAAGCUACCCGCAGCCCUGAGCUGGGAAUGAGACAGGCAGCAGCUGUCAUUCUCAAUAUCUACUGCUCCAAGACAAAAGCAGACUAUACUGGACAUCUCAAGAGCUUGGUUUCAGGCUUGAUACGCCUCUUUAAUGAUACCAACCCUGUUGUUCUGAAUGAAAGCUGGGAUGCGCUUAAUUCCAUCACCAAGAAAUUAGACGCUGGGAACCAGCUUGCUCUCAUUGAGGACCUGCACAAGGAUAUCCGGAUUGUAGGGAAUGAGGCCAAGGGCGAGCAUGUGCCGGGAUUCUGUAUUCCUAAGAAGGGAGUGACUUCCAUACUCUUGGUGCUGCGGGAAGGUGUUUUAACUGGUAAUCCAGAGCAGAAGGAGGAGGCAGCAAAGGCCUUAGGGCUGGUUAUUAAGCUGACUUCUGCUGAAGCUCUUAAACCAUCUGUGGUGAGCAUUACUGGGCCACUUAUUCGGAUCCUGGGCGAUCGGUUCAGCUGGAACGUCAAGGUGGCUCUGCUUGAAACAUUAAGCCUCCUUUUAGCCAAGGUUGAGAUUGCCCUGAAACCGUUUUUGCCCCAAUUGCAAACCACCUUCACCAAAGCCCUACAAGACUCAAACCGUGCGGUUCGCCUUAAAGCUGCCGAUGCUCUCGGUAAACUCAUUGUCAUCCACGUAAAAGUGGAUCCUCUCUUCACGGAGCUACUGAACGGAAUUCGUUCCAGCGAUGACUCUGCGAUCAGGGACACGAUGCUGCAAGCGCUGCGGUUUGUAACACGAGGAGCUGGUGCAAAAGUUGAUGCUGCCAUCAGGAAGAACAUCAGCACGGUGCUUCUAGGGAUGCUGGGACACGAUGAGGAUGCCACCCGCAUGGCCUCGGCUGGCUGCUUAGCAGAACUGUGUGCCUUUCUGUCAGAAGAGGAGCUCAGUACUGUUCUCCACCAGCACUUACUGGCAGACGUCUCUGGCAUUGACUGGAUGGUGAGACACGGGCGAAGCCUGGCGCUCUCCGUGGCCGUAAACGUUGCUCCUAGCAGGCUGUGUUCCCCCAAAUACUACACCAGCGUUCAGGAGAUGAUCCUCAGCAAUGCCACCGCUGACAGGAUUCCCAUUGCGGUUAGCGGCAUCAGAGGGAUGGGCUUCCUUAUGAAGUACCACAUGGAAGGAGGAGGGAACCUGCCUCCAAAACUUUCCAACCUCUUUAUUAAGUGUCUCCAGAACUCAUCCAGUGACAUAAAGUUAGUUGCAGAAAAGAUGAUCUGGUGGGCAAAUAAAAACCAUCUUCCCUCCCUGGAUCCUCAGACAAUUAAACCAAUUCUCAAAGCGCUUCUGGACAACACGAAGGACAAAAACACCAGUGUAAGAGCCUACAGCGACCAAGCUAUUGUCAAUCUUCUGAAGAUGAGAGCGGGUGAAGAAGUGCUUGAGUCGGUUUCCAAGAUUCUAGAUGCUGCCAGCUUGGAGCUUCUCAACGAAAGCUGCAGGAGAUCUCUGAAGAAGCUGGCUGGCCAGGCUGACUCUGAGGAACAGAUAGAUGACACUAUACUGACGUGAUAAUAAAGCUCCAGAAGACAAGAAAACACUGAAUCAACCGCUGCAUCAGCAUUUCAACUCAAACACCUAUUUUAAAUGUUUUCAUUUUUGAAAAUGUUAAUUCUGAUGGGAUUUCAUGAAAAGGACUCCCAGAGAGUAUUUUAGUAUCAAAUGUACCAGAAUAGCCUUAAUUAGACCCACACUAGCUGAAAAUUGAAAAUUUGGUCCCCUUUUUGAAACAGAUAAUGCGCAAGAAACAGCUAUACUAAUCAAUAUUGGUAAAUUGUGGCCAAUUGCGAGAUGUGGCUAGAGCACAUCAGGCUUAAACUCUGGUGACACCUAUUUCCUUUGCAGGGCCUGUGCGAAAACUCCAGUACUGGGAGUGGUGUUGGUCUUUUCCACGGACCCCGUGAAGCAGGAAUAGAACUCGGUGAAAGUUAAAGCGUAUUGUUUUUGUGUACUGCUAACUUGCUGCUUGUGACGGUUCUGAAGACUGAAAAUCCCUGUAAAACAAAGUAUUUAAAAUAGCCUUAGAAAUCACAAAUGCGAAAGGGGGAUUAAAUGCAGUCUGUUUAAAGAAGGAACAUUUAAUAAAGGCUCUGACUUUGA